AUGUCAGACACUCCCAAAUUGUCUAAGAAGGAAAGGAAAGCACUUAGUUUCCGUAAAUCUAAAGAGGAAAGAGAUGCAGAAAAGGAAGAAAAGUUAGAAAGAAAAAGAAAGGCUGAGGAGGAAAAACCUGAAGAAGUUAAAGAUUCACAACAAGAUUCUCCAGAACAACCAAAAAAGAAAAGAAAGACAAGAAGAGGGAAAAAAGGUAAAGGUGUUAAUGGUGGGAAAGGACCUCGAUUUAUUUUAUUUGUAGGAAAUUUACCUUAUGAUAUCCAACAGGCUGAAUUGAUUUCACAUUUUAAAAAUAGUAAUCCCGAUAGAAUAAGAAUUCGACCCGAUAAAGGCAUUGCAUUUUUAGAAUUUGAUAAUGAUACUCAAGAAAUUCAAAGUAAAAUGGAAUUAGCUUUACGAAUGCAUCAUACAGAAAUACGUAAUAGAAAAAUCAAUGUGGAAUUGACAGUUGGGGGAGGAGGUAAUUCUGAAGCAAGAAUACAGAAAUUGAAAGAAAAGAAUGAAAAAGUGCUCGAUGAAAGAAAGAAAAGAAUUGAAGAAGGGAAAAAGAAGAAACCAGCUUCAAAGCCUGUGGUGCCACUGAAUGUCCAUCCUUCAAGAGCAGCAUUAAUUAAUUAG